AUGAGAAUUGGAAAUGGUAAGAACACGUCUGCUUGGUUUGAUGCUUGGAGUGAGAGUGGUCCGUUAUGUGAAAUUGUGACUCCUAGGGAAAUUAAAAAUGCUGGUCUCACACUGGAAGCUAAGGUUGCGGACAUUUGUAGGAAUGGUGAAUGGGUCUGGCCUAAUGCGUGGUAUGUUAAAUAUCCCAGUUUAAUGAAUGAGCAUGUCCCUCACCUUGAUCAAAAUAAAAACGAUGAAGUUAUUUGGAUAGACAAUGCAAAAGUUGAACAACCAUACACAACAACUAUUGCAUGGAACUCCAUACGAUGUAAUGAGCAGAAGGUGGCAUGGAUGGAUUUUGUUUGGUCCCCUCACAAUAUACCGAGGCAUUCAUUUCAUUUGUGGUUAAUAAUGCGUAGGAAACUUUUGACACAAGACAGAAUCAUCAAAUGGGCAUCGGCAAGAAGAAAUAACAUGAAUAUGAUGUGUUGUGCAUUGUGUAAAGCUAAUUAUGAUUCACAUAACCACUUGCUUUUUGAAUCUCCUUUUUCAACGCAGGUUUGGUUAAAAGUUAGGGAUAUGGGUGGAUUGCAACACCUUCCACCCCUCCUAGACGUUAUAAUGGACUGGAUGAAUCUUCGUGCGAAAUCAAGAUUGAUAGCAAAUGUGGUGGGGAGACUCCUUGUUGCUUCAACGGCUUAUUUCUUAUGGCAAGAAAGAAAUAAUAGGAUGUUCAAUGACCAAGCUCGUCCUCCUGAUCUGUUUUGUGAAGUAAUUACAUCUACUGUUCGGUUAAAGCUUAUGACAUUCAAGUUCCAAAAGACUACUCGGGUGAUCCAUAUGCUUGAGGCGUGGGGUAUCUGUGGUGAUUCUGUCUUUAUCAAUGACUGA